AUUUCAAGAGGGUAUCGAAAAACGCGUGGCGCUGUUUAUUAUUGUUUUUUUUUUUUUCUUAUUCUAUACCGUCGAAUCCAUCGUGAAUUUGUCUAUAAAAUAAAGUUUCUCCAAGAAAAAUGGUGAACCGACGCAAACCACCCGGUGGUCGCGGACGCCGUAGCCAGCAGUUUCUCUCAGCGGCAGUGAAAAAGCAACGACGCAAGGAACGUGCCCAGCGGGCACCAGUUUCCCGCUUCAAGAAAAACCUGAAACACAUCGAGCGUAGCAAGGAGGCAAAUGAGGCUCUCCGAAGGCAGCAGGAUGCGGAACGGAAAUACAAGACCAAGAUGAAUGGUCCAACGGAUGAGGACCAACUGGCUGAAGAUGGUUUACUAUCGAGUGACGCGGCGGAGGAUGAGGAACGUGAAGAUGAUUUUGAGGUUCUGAUGAAAACUUUGGACAAAGGUCGCAAAGGUGCCGGUAAACGGGAGGAAGCGAUCGAAAGUGAUGAGAGUGAAAGUGACGAGGAGGAGGAACAAAUGGAGGCGGAAAGUGGUGAGGAUUCCGAUGGCGAAAGUGGCUCUCAAUCUGGUGAGUCCGGUCAUGAAACAGAAGACGAGGAACAAGCUCUUCAAGGUGAUCCCUAUUUGGCCCACGUGAGCUUCAAUAUCAGUAAUCAAAUGUUGGAAUCACUGUCAGCCGAUCCGAUUGUGGUGCAGAAAAGUACCAUCAAAUUUAAAAAAUUAGGUCAAUUGAUGGUGGAGAUCCCUAAAGAUAGUAGGGACAAAACAAAAAACAGCCUGCUUUUGGAGGAUGACGAAACUUACGCUUCCGAAGGGACGAUUCCUAAGCUGCUAGAUUCCAGCGGUGAGUUGCAUCUAAAGGAGAAGAUUAAACGUCACUUGGAUGUUCCGUUUUUUAACGAUCUUCAAACGGAAUGUUUUUCGGUGCUGAACAACUAUCAGGAUUUAUACUAUCCGGCAAGGACUUUAAACAACGGUGAGGAAAUCCGUUUUGUCUACUGUUUGCAUGCUUUGAAUCACAUACUGAAGGCCACAUCUAAAAUAAUGCAUCAUAAUUUAAAACUAGCUGAAGCCGCCUCCCGCAGCAAAAAAGGAAAAAAGAAUAAAUUGAAAAUGGACGUUCCCAUUCAAGAAUACCGGGAUCAGGGUUUGGUUCGUCCUAAGGUGCUAAUAGUAGUACCGUUCCGAAGCGCAGCACUUAAAGUGGUAGAAAUGCUGAAACAACUUUUCGCUGGCGACGAUUCGAAAGCCGUUACCAACUACAAACGCUUUCAGACGGAGUACGGCGGUGACACGUUGUACUUUCCCAAGCACAAUCCAAAGCCGGAAGAUUACGAGCGUACGUUCGGUGGAAAUACGGACGAUAACUUUCGCAUUGGAAUCUCGUUCAGCAAAAGUUCAAUGAAACUGUACACUAAAUACUACAACUCGGAUUUAAUUGUGGCUUCACCCCUAGGGCUACGCAUGACCAUUGGAGCGGAAGGCGAAUCGGAACGGGAUUAUGAUUUCCUUGCUUCGAUUGAAUUGUUAAUUAUGGAUCAAUCGGAAAUUUGUCUCGCCCAGAACUGGGAUCACGUGAUUCACUUGAUAGACCAUCUUCAUCGGCAGCCGCAAAGUACCGAGCACUCGGACUUCUCCCGGGUUCGCUACUGGUGCCUUAACGGUUGGUCCCGAUUCUACCGGCAAACGAUUCUACUGGCUUCCCACGAUCUACCGGAAUUUCGAUCGAUCUUCAACAACAAAUGUGUCAACUAUAGAGGAAAAGUUCGGAUCGCUAAUCCCGUAAAAAGUGGUUCUAUUCGGCAUGUGGUCGUGCAAGUGCCCCAAACCUUUCACCGCGUUGACGUAAAAUCCUUGGAGCAAUCUUUCGAUGCCAAAUUCAUGCACUUCACAAGCGUUCUACUGCCUCAGCUUCGAUCGAUUACGAUGGCACGCUGUCUGUUGUACGUUCCGUCCUACUUUGACUACGUCCGGUUGCGUAAUUUCUUCAAGAAGGAGGAACUAAGUUUCGUACAAAUCUGCGAGUACUCGAAGGAUGCCAAAAUUGCCCGAGCUCGAGAUAUGUUCUUUCAUGGUAGCACUCACUUCAUGUUGUAUUCCGAGCGGUCGCAUUUCUUUCGUCGUCCUCGCAUCAAGGGAAUCCGCCAUUUGGUGUUCUACCAACUGCCAACCUAUCCGUCGUUUUACGCAGAGAUGAUCAACCUGAUGGCCAACGAUUAUCAGAACCGGAAGGAUGGAAUCGAUGCCAGUGCAAUGACUGUUACUGUACUCUACACCAAGUACGAUUUGCUACGGCUUUCAGCGGUCAUUGGAACCGACCAGGCGGCCAAACUAGCGGCCAGUCCCAAAGCAGCACACACCUUCACCACCCUAAAGUAACAACUAAUACAGUCAAACCCGUGUAGAUUUCUAAAA